AAAGGUGGUUGGAAGAGCAGUGAAUGCAGUUGGCCAAUGACUCACUUGAUAUGCCUUCACAUGUGAAUCCACGUAGUCAUCUCAUCAAAAUCUUUUCCACACCCUUCUUUUAUUCAAUUCUUUUCAUUGUCAACCUAUGUAAGUGUGUGUGUGCCAUCCAUCUCAACUCCCAAUAACACUCCCAUCAUUUCCAUGCUCAUUCCUCCCUUUGCUUCCAAUCAUAUCUUUCCUUCUCUUUCUUAGGAUAUAAAGGAGACCUCAUCAAGAAGCAGCUAAGAAGAAAUUAAUCAAACAUGGACAAAGGUUAUGGAGUGUGUGACACUGGCCUUGCUCUUGGGUUAGGUUACAAGAGAAAGAGUACAAGUCUAAACCAAUCUUUUAUUUCUGGUAUGAGCUCUCUUGAGCCUAUGCUCACCUUAGGCCUCUCCGGUGACCCCUAUGGAUCUCCGACGAUGAGUAAGGUGUUCAAAGAGUCAACACAAAGCCCUGUCUCAUCGUUCUCCAACGCAAACCCAAGAAGUAUUAAGAGCGAGGAGAUCAUCGGAGAAGAGACCGGCACGGAGAAAGUCUCGCCACGGGGAAGCGAUGACGAUGAAGAAGUUUGUGCUAAGAAGAAGCUUAGGCUUACCAAGGAUCAAUCUGCCCUUUUGGAAGAAAGGUUCAAAGAACAUACUACCCUUAAUCCGAAACAAAAGCAAGCCUUGGCAAAACAAUUGAAUCUUAGGCCAAGACAAGUUGAAGUAUGGUUUCAAAACAGGAGAGCAAGAACAAAGCUCAAGCAAACAGAGCUUGAUUGUGAGUUGCUCAAAAGGCGAUGCGAGACGCUGAACGAUGAGAACCAAAGGCUACAAAGAGAAGUACAAGAGCUCAAGGCACUCAAACUCAAGUCUCCUUUGUUCAUGCAGUUUUUGAAGACUUCACCGAUGAUUUGCCCGGCAUGCGAGAGGAUCACCGGAGGUGAUUCCCCUAAGGGUGGUCCUUUGAUGGUUGCACCACCAAAGCAUCUCUUCUUCAAUCCAUUCACUACUCAUUCAGCUGCAUGUUAAGGAAGAUGAAGAUCAUUACAACACCCACACCAUCUUCCUUGUUUUUUUUUUUCUCUCUAGGGCUUGGAAGUCACACAUCAUGAUGUGCCCACUUUUUACUAGGAAAUUAGCCCU